AUGAAAAUAAUGGAAAGAAGAAAAUCUUUUAAAAAAUUAAAUUUUAACUAUUUUUGUAUUAUUUUAUUUUCCUUAAUUUCAUUAUUUUGUUCUGUGCAAGGCUUUUUAUUUGGCAGUUUGGGCGGUGGUGGUGGCGGCGGCGGUGGAGGAGGAGGAACUUGUUGUUGUUGUUGCCCAUCAUCGUCGGGUCUAUCAGGCUUUUCAAGUUCAGGUUGUGGAGGAUGUGGAGGUGGUGGUAGCGGUGGAUUUGGUGGAGGUGGUGGGCCUGUAAUUGUGAAUUGUGGUGGUGGAGGGGGAGGAUAUGGAGGUGGUGGUGGUGGAGGAUGUGGCGGAGGUGGAGGAUGCGGUGGAGGAGGUGGAUGUGGAGGAGGUGGAGGAGGAUACGGCGGGGGUGGUGGAUGCGGUGGAGGAGGAGGAGGGGGAUGUGGCGGAGGUGGAGGGGGAUGCGGUGGUGGAGGAAGCGGUGGAGAAAUAUCACUAGGCCUCAGUUGUGAAGGAGGUGGUGGUGGAGGUGGUUGCGGUGGUGGUGGCGGAGGAGGAUGCAGUAGUGGUGGUGGCGGUGGAGGAGGAUGCAGUAGUGGUGGUGGCGGUGGAGGAGGAUGUGGUGGUGGUGGCGGAUGUAGUAGCGGUGGUGGCGGAGGAGGUUGUGGUGGUGGUGGUGACGGAUGUAGUAGUGGCGGUGGAGGAGGGUGUGGAGGCGGCGGCGGUUGUAGUAGUGGUGGCGGUGGAGGAGGAGGAGGUUGUGUUGAAUCAAGUGCUGGAUGUUCCGGAGGCGGAGGGGGUGGCGGAUGUAGUAGCGGUGGCGGAGGUGGCGGUGGAGGAGGCGGAGGUGGUGGAUGUUCUGGACCUAGCGGAUGUGGCGUUUCUUCCAGUCAAUCUAGCAGUUAUGCAGGACCGGCUCAAUCCUCUUACAUAUCUGUUGGAUCCAGUAGCGGUUAUUCAGCACCUCAGAGUGGAUAUGCUGGACCUCAAAGCGCAGGUUAUCAACAGCAACCGAGCGGCGGCUAUUCGCAACAACAACAAGGAGGGUCCUACACCGGAGGAGAACAACAACACGGUGGAACUUAUUCUGGAGGAGAACAACAACAAACACCAACACAAGUCGGUACUGAAUACUCAGAAGCAGUACCGGCCGCUCCUGAACCUGUUCAACCGCCACAGGCUCCAGUUCCACAGACUUCGGUUCCUGCAGCACCUGAACCAGUCUAUUCACCAGCAGCGCCUGCAGCAGCACCAGCGGCACCUGAACCAGCCUACUCACCAUCAGCACCAGCAGCGACUGAAGCAGCCCCACCUCCUCCACCUCCUGAUACACAUGCAUAUCAGGAAGUUGAACCUUCAGCAAGUGCUGUUGAACAAGAUACCGGCAGUAGUGGAGGUAGCCAGCCAAGUUAUGGAGGCUCUUCAGGUUCUAACACUCCUAGCAGUCAACCAAGUUAUGGCGGAGCUGCCGCAGCUGGUGAUAGAUUGCAAGAAGUUCAAGAAGACAAUGACGAUAAUGCUGAUAAUGAUAAUGAUGGAGACGUAGAAGAAUUACGAGGAGAAAAACAAAAAGAACAACAAAUAACAUUUUCAACAACAACAACAAAAGGAAAACAUAUCUCAACAACACCUUCAUCAUCCUCUCCUUUAAGAAUUACCCCAACAAAUUUACCUAGAGCACCUCCAGGCAAAAGUCCUUUAGCUAAAGAAGUCCCUCGUUUACCUCAACAAUUUCAACAAAAAGAAAAGAAAAAAUUAACAGAAAUAAAAGGGCAACAACAACAACAGCAAACAUCCUCAACAUCCACAACACCUACAGCAACUGAUAUUUUUAUUGAACCUAUUGAUAUUGCUAAACUUAGAUUAUCUAAUGAUACGGAAUGUAAUAGUGAAGAAUUGAGAACUAUAGUUUUGGAGGUAAAAAGAAACAUUUCUCGUUAUAAUUACGAGUCCCUUCAGCCCCUUUAUGUGUAAAUAAUUCAUAAGUCAACUCAAGUCGAAUUGAGGGUGUAGUGAUAGAGGACUUCGAUUAGGGUUAUAACUGGGACUAGGGCUGUGCGCCAUUGCGUUUUGGAGCCCAUUUUUAGCCGAUUUUGGCGUGUGGCGUGUUUUAGGGAUUUGAAAAUUUUGGCGCAUAGCCCUGACUGGGACUAGAAGUUGUAAAUA